CUGUGACCUGUGGUAAAGGCUACAAGCAAAGGCUGGUUUCCUGCAGUGAGAUUUAUACAGGGAAAGACCACUAUGAGUACGGUUAUCAGAACACUGUCCACUGUCCAGGCACACCACCACUAAAUGUGCAGUCAUGCUACCUAGGCGAGUGCCCUGUUUUGGCAUCGUGGAGAGUUGGAAAUUGGGGAAGUGUGAACUGCCAACAAGCUGCAAAGAAGCAACAAGACUCAAAGUCAUUACUGAGGAUGGCGAAUAUAUUCUGAAAGUUAAAGGAAGACUUUUAAAGAUAUACUGUGCUGGCAUGGACUCCGAUAGCCCUAAAGAAUACAUCACUUUGGUAAAUGGUGAUGCGGAGAAUUUCUCAGAAGUCUACAGCUACAGGUUACAUAACCCAACUGAAUGUCCAUAUAAUGGAAGCCGAAGAGAGAAUUGUCAGUGUAGGAAAGAUUACACAGCAGCUGGGUUUUCUGCCUUCAGCAAAGUAAGGCUGGACCUGAAUGCUAUGCAGAUAAUAACUACCGAUUUACAGUUUGCACAGACACUUGAUGGGAGACCUGUUCCUUUUGCCACUGCUGGGGAUUGCUACAGCGUAGCCAAAUGCCCACAGGGUCGCUUUAGCAUCAACCUCUCCGGAACUGGCCUGUCAGUAAUGCAGACCUCAAAGUGGCUUUCGCAAGGGAAUUACGCUGUUUCUGAAAUCACAAGAUCUCCU